AUGACAGCAAUGGGACAAAUAUCAAAACCAGCAAGUAGAAUCAAACAAGCUGAUGUGUUUAUGGAUGAAGGCAAAAUUGAUAAUAGACCUAGAUCUCCACAUCGUAAAUUGAAUUCUAGACAACAAGAUCAACCUAAUCGAUCUAAUUCAAAAAAUUAUCAUGAUUAUCGUACUUUAAGAUCAUCGAGAGAUCGAAGGAGAGGCAGCUGGGGUCAAUUCGUAGCCGGAGGAUCAGUGAACAGCUCGAGGGAUCGAUAUAUACCUCGUACGUAUCGUUCGACAGUGAUUUUAUCUUCAAGACAGAUGUACAAGUCUAACUUAUCUUCGGCACUAUUACAAUAUAUAGUAACAAGACCAAACCGAGACCAAUUUCAAGAUGUAUGA